AUGGAUACUAGUUCUAUCCUCCUGGCCUUCAGUAAUAUUUACGUGGCCAUAUUUGCCCUCUUCUGCUUUAAACUUUUGAUCAAAGUGUCACUGGCUCUGCUCACUCAUUUUUACAUUGUCCGAGGGAAUCGAAAAGAAGCUGCACGCAUAGCCGAGGAGAUCUACGGGAUAUCACAAGGUUCCUGGGCAGACAGAUCUCCCCUACAUGAUGCUGCAUUUCAAGGAAGACUGCUCACUGUCAAAACACUGAUUGCUCAGGGAUUUAAUGUGAACAUUUUGACAAUAGACAGGAUUUCUCCUCUUCAUGAAGCAUGUCUGGGAGGUCAUGUGUCUUGUGCAAAGGUUUUACUGGAGAAUGGGGCUCGUAUAAACAUUGUGACGGUUGAUGGGAUCACUCCUCUGUAUAAUGCCUGCAGCAGUGGAAGUGUGGCCUGUGUUAGCAUGUUACUGGACCAUGGUGCCAACCCAGAGCUGGAAACUCAACUUGCCUUUCCCCUUCAUGAAGCAGUUAUAAGAGGUCACAGGGAAUGUGCAGAAAUGUUAAUAGCUUACGGAGCAGACAUUGAAAAAGAACUGCAAAACAGGGGUACCCCGCUUUAUUUAGCCUGUGCCCAUCAGAAAACAGACUGCGUCAGAAGACUCCUGGAGUUAGGUGCAGAUGUAAGCCAUGGGAGACAGCUGGACACUCCACUGCAUGCUGCAGCUAGAAGAACAAGCGAACAGAUUGUCAAACUGCUUAUUGAUUAUGGAGCUAAUGUCAAGUAUAAAAACAUGGAGGGCAAAUACCCCAUUGAACUAUCAGUAUCCAGGAGUCCAGUAGAGCGAGCCCUUCUGGUUGCAGAAGGUCCUGCUUCCCUGGCUCAAUUAUGUCGUCUAAGUAUUCGAAAAGUGUUGGGAUCGUCAUGUCUUCAAGUGGUUCCCCGGCUUGAGUUACCGAACAGACUAAUACAAUUUUUGUUAUAUCGAUAGAUGUUCCUAUAACUCCACCAGUGUUUUCCUAGCUCAUCUAUGAUCACGAUAUAAACAUGAUUUAUCAGCACUAAAACCCCAAAAAUGUGCUAAAAAUUGUCUAUUUAUCUUUUAGUUUUCUUUUAGUUUUAGUGUCUAUCUUUUAGACAAUUUUCAAGGGAUCUUCACUAUCUACCUCUUCCCAGACACUCAAAAGUAAAACCUACAAUCCACUAACUAACUUGAUGUUAUUUCCAUUGGGAGGAGGGGGUAAGAA